GUAGAAGUGACAAGCUAACCAUAUGAUGCUAGGCUAGCUAGCAGAUGACAGCCUUGCCGUUUGGUAUUGGUGAGAGGCUGUAGUCAGUGUGUGUAGCUAAAAGCCAGCUAGCCACAGACAGACAAGGAACAACGCUAGCAAGUCUGAUCAUUGUAUUUUUUGCAAAAGGACACAACCAACGUUAUCUAGGUCGCUGUCUUGCUAACGUCAGCACGCUCGGGUAGUCAACAAGCAAGUAAAAAGUAGCGUAGCUAGUCACCUAGGUGAACAGACCACGGCAUUAAAGAUGAAUGGCAUAAUGAAGAACGAGGGAAUAGCGGGCACGGAGAGGUUCGCUAGCCCGGGGAAAGGCAGGGGACUACGAGCUGUGAAGCACUUUGCUGUCGGAGACCUCGUGUUUGCCUGUCCUGCCUAUUCCUACGUCCUGACGGUCAAUGAAAGAGGAGCGCACUGUGAAUACUGCUUCACCAGGAGGGAAGGCCUCUCCAAAUGUGGAAAGUGUAAACAAGCUUACUACUGUGAGAUCGACUGCCAGAAGGGAGACUGGCCGAUGCACAAGUUGGAGUGUACAGCCAUGUGUUCCUAUGGGGAAAACUGGUGUCCGUCAGAGACCGUCAGAUUGGUGGCCAGGAUCAUCAUGAAACAGAAAGUCACAACGGAACGGACGCAGUCAGAGAGGCUGUUACUCCUCAGCGAGUUUGAAGCCCACCUGGAUAAGUUGGACAGUGAGAAGAAUGAGAUGAACCAGACAGAUAUAGCAGCACUGCAUCAUUUCUACUCUAAACACAUAGACUUCCCUGAUGACCAAACCCUCACUGUGCUCUUUGGACAGGUAAACUGUAAUGGCUUCACCAUAGAGGAUGAGGAGCUGUCUCACCUGGGCUCUGCUGUGUUCCCUGAUGUAGCAUUGAUGAACCAUAGGUCCUGUCGUAUCUUCAACAGUUACAUUGACCUGCUCUACCCGACGGACGACAGGAACGAGAGACUGAGGGAUUCUUACUUCUUUACCUGCGUGUGUAAUGAGUGUGCCACACGGUCUAAGGAUGGAGGUAAGAUGGCUCUUCGGAAGUUGAGCUCUCCCCCACAGCCAGAGGAGGUCAGAAAGAUGGUUCACUACGCCAGGAAUGUUAUUGAAGAGUUCCGUAGAGCUAAGCACUACAAGACCCCUAGUGACCUGCUGGAGAUCUGCGAGUUGAGCCAGGAGAAGAUGAGCUCUAUAUUUGCCGACACUAACGUGUACAUCCUUCACAUGAUGUACCAGGCCAUGGGAGUCUGUCUGUACAUGCAGGACUGGGACGGAGCCAUGAGCUACGGAGAGAAGAUCAUUCAACCAUACAGUGUCCACUACCCAGCCUAUUCUCUGAACGUGGCCUCCAUGUACCUGAAACUGGGCCGCCUCUACCUGGGACUGGAGAGGAAGACCCAGGGAGUCAAGGCAUUAAAGAAGGCGAUCGCCAUCAUGGAAGUGGCUCAUGGGAAGGAUCACCACUACGUAACAGAGGUCAAACAAGAGGUGGUGGAGCUGAAGUAAGGAGGAGGUGAAGAAGAAGGAG